CGAGCGGUGCUAUGUAACUGGUGGAGGGCCUAACGAGAGCUAAAAAAAUAUGCCGAGUAAUUGUACCGUGAAAAUUGGCGAUAAUUUCCGUUCUGCUAGACCUUGCGCGACAUGAUUCGAUUGCUCCGAGCCGCGGAAAGCAUAUAAGCGAUAAUUUAUGGAUUGAAUAAUAAUGGCGAGAGUAGAUGAGUUCAGCUUACCGUAUUGAGAAACAGUGGCAGUGACCAAGUCCGAGCCGGACCGAAACCGAAGAUAUCUCGAAAAGUGAUUCAAUUACGCUGCUAAUGCCUUCGAAUAAAUUACAAUAAAUUUGUCGCUCGUCAACCACUUGUGCGCGUGGGAAGAUCCAGUACGAACUCAUCCUUUGUAUUUUCGUUGCUCAUCCUUGUCUAGUACGGUUCUUGGAGUGCCCGGUACUCAUGACGAACUCCUGAACAAAUAACGACAUACGCAGCGUUAGUGCUUAUCCCAAACCCAUCGAAGUAUACAACAGACAGACAGCCGGGGAUAUUUGCACUCGAAGUCGAUUGUCGAAGUCUAGAUUGAAGGGUAUUUGAUAAGCAGAGCGAGCGAAAUGUGAACAUCUCAAGUGAACAAUUCCAGAAAAAUCCCCAUUUCAAUGGGGUGCUGUCACUUCGAUCGGAAAGCAAAGGAUCUAUUCACAAUUUGAAAAAUCUAUAUGUGUAGAUUUCGGUCGUUAGAUGUUUCAAUCCUAAACUAACAAUGAAUCAAAACAAGGAUGGAUGCGAGGCUGUGAAGUGAAUGGUUUGGUCCUUCGGAAAAAUCAUCGACAGAAGAAAAAAGUAGAAAGCCGACGGAGAACUCUUUAGAGCAAGGUUGAGCUCGCAUGAGUUGAGUCCGCUACCGGGAAAACACGUGGGGAAUCAAAGCAAAUAUUUACGGUAGAGUGUUUUCGCUAAUCAAAUUUUCCGCUGCUGAUGUCAUUGAUGAGUGGGACGCAAAUUUUGCCCUUUCUGGUUCAAAUAUUUGAAUACUGGUGUUUGCUACUAACCUAAAUCAAUUUGAAAUCCGUUCGUUCCAAGUGUGUAGUGACGCUCCACUCCGGGAUACGUAGAAGUCGGAACGAAGAGUUUAUGUUCUUUUGAAGAAACCGGAAAUAAUUUCACGGAUUGUGCACAGUGCUUUACAAAAUCCCCCAGACGAAAUUGGAAGCUGAAAGCUUAAGAAAGUCUCGAAAAACGUCGUCCAGAAUCACGACUUAGUCGGAGAAAAUCCUCUCAUGGAUAUGGGUUCAGUAAGCAUCGAGCUAUGUGGAUUGUGGGUGGGUACGAAAGCAGAAGUAACAUUGGGUUCCCAGUGAACACAAUCAACCCAUAGAAGGGAAGCACGUGAAACGACGAGCACUUGGAGUAUGUGCUGCCGCUUGCCCUCCCAUCAAAGUCAAGUCAGAAAAAUAUAAAUGUUAAGUGGUGCAACUACGGCAUCAGUGUAUUCGAGCGUGAAAACCUGCUACAUUCAAGCGAUAAGCAUAGAGUGAAUUUGAGAGUGCUGAUUUUUCUCUUGAACAUCUUCUCAAAUCCAACUAAAUUAAUAAAGAACUUGGAGUCAUUCAAAGUUGGAAUAAAUCUUGCCAGUUAAAGAAGAAAGUUGUAGCACAAAAAUAAAAAUUCUAAUAAAAAGAAAAAAUAAGCAAGAGGAUUAAACGCUUGAGCUCCUUAAGCUUUCAAUUCCUCUUCGAAGUAUCCGAGGCAAAAGUGAACCGUGUGUGCCCAGUGUAUAAUCCUCAUCGUCUGGGAGUGGAUUUAUUCUCACAUGUGUGUACCAAACCCCCGAUAAUAAUUACUUUGCAGAACCUUUCCAAAUAGGCAAAAUGAAAAUGUGCCACCCGCAGUGAUAGCGUUGCGUUUUUAGUAGUGGCGCCCAAGCUCCGGAAACGUCAGUGGCAGAUAUUCCCAGCAGCCAAGUUGUUCGUCCGUCAUCGUUAACUUUUCAUCCAAUUUCAUCGGGACCGGAGAAAACAUCUCACUCCGUUGGGGCGGAGAAGAACAGUGUUUGUGUGCCAGUGAGCGAACCGUGUAUGUGUUUUGAAUUUCUAUGCAGAGGUAAAUAACUGCUACUGCUCCGCAUCUCGACUAGAUCAAAGAAAGAGUUCCAACGGAAUCAGUUCCAGGAAGGCUGCAGCGUUUUUGCAGGGCGGAUCCGGUUGAUGGUGCUAAAGAAACAUUAACCGGAACACAAGAGGCAAUCAUCCUGCAUUGAUUAAGGUCGGCGGCAAAGGCCAUCCUUUCUCCAGUGAACAAUGAACGGGCUGGACUUGCGACAAUGUUCCUCCUCAGGAACUGGCACUGCACCACCGGCCAGCACUGGCAAAGAGUGAUAAAAAUCUAUUGAAUAUGCAGUCAAGUGAGAAAUGCCUUACCACAUUGCAUCCUUCAUUGGCAUUGUCCUGCGAGCGAGUGCAAACGACGACGACAGCGUAGCAAGGACAACGGAGAUCAAACUGAAAAUUGUUGAAAAGUGAACAGUUUCAAGGGUGAAAUCACACGGAAGCAUAAAAAACGGCAACCAUUGAAAAGUGAAGAAUACUUCAUGAAGGAUGGCAUGGGUGCAGGAGGAAGAUCAUUGGCAAUUUUCUAGCUAAACAGAGGAAAAGUGGAAGAAAAUGACAAUGUCAACAAUUGUCUCUUGGUGCACCCUUCCCCCGGAAGCCACGUCGAUUGCAUCAGUUUUAGAAACUUCAAAAAACUUAUCUUAAUUUGAAAGUGAUUUUCUACUCUUACAUAAUUCAUGGUCGUCUCCCACCGAGUUCAAUCCCAUCAGCAGCACACACAGACCCGAUUGUGGGGUGGUGAGGAAAAACGAUUACGCUUCCACCGCACCGCAGCGGAAGUUGGUGGUGGAAUAGUGUGCUUUAGCAAGUCGCUUCCGGAAGCGCGAUACGGUACUUCACCCUCGUCGAGAGGGGAGGGAUAACAACUCGGGGUUCGUCCCAGCUGAAGAGAAAACUUUCCUGCCACCAAGCCGCCUUCCAUUAAGCUUCUGGCUUCAACUUUAGCGACCUGUAUACUUCUGACAGCUUGUACAUAGUAGAACGAUUUUUUUGCACACUAGUUUGUAUGUGUAAAUAGGCAUUUUUUCAGUUUGACCCAACAUAAGACCAUGCUUCUGGAAAAUCCUCUCCGUCAGACUGCAGCAUCCUGAUAAACACGGCACUAAAUUCGAGGCUUCAAGUUUAUGCCUUUCCGUGCCUCUCUCUGCUUCUUAUAGAAUUCUGCUGGUCAUUGCAACUUUUUUCCCAAAAGAUCGGACAAACUAGCGCUGAAGACGAAACGCCAGCUAAGUGUAGUUAUUUCUAAACAGUGUAGCAACAAUAUUAUUUUACAACGGUUACAUAUUUUCUCUCGACUGCUGGUCCUGCUAUAACGGAAGGACGACACAAAAAAAGACUGAAGGUUCUGCAGGUUUUCAGAAUAGAAGCAUCUGAUGUCAAGCAGAGUUACCCGGCAAGUAUGUACCAAGUGAGACAGUGCAGAGUGUAAAAGUAUGCUCACGGGAAACCGGAAGUGAUAACGGUUGCCUGAACUACUCUUGUGAAGAGUUCUGAAAGAAAGCGCACUCUACGUAGGGAGCAAAAAAAAUUAAACGAAAUAAGUGGGUUAUUCGCGGGUGUUGCGGUGGUGAGGACCGGUAGAAGAAGCGACACAGCACGGAAACUUGCGGUGGCAGCACUGAAGUGGCACAGCAACGGAACGGGAUGAGCACAUUCAAAAUGACAAUGAUGAGAAGCUACAUACUCUGCAUGCUGUGGAUGGCUGUUUUCCUCGACAUGAGCGAUACAGUUAACGGCUCCCAGCGAGAGGCAUCCAAACAGCAACCGCAGCAGCAACAACAGCAGCAAACCACUACGAAGGAUGCAGCUGGCCAAGUGAAUCUCCCCGGCAGCAGCAGCAGUAGUGGCAGCCGAGGCAGCAAUAUCGAAGCCACUGACGCCACCAGGACCGGGCCGUACUUUGAUCUGGCGGCGUCUAAAAACGUAACCGCGCUGCUGGGGAAAACAGCAUAUCUGAACUGCAGAGUGAAAAAUUUGGGCAACAAAACGAUGUUGCUGCAAGUGUCCUGGGUGCGGCACCGAGACAUUCAUCUGCUCACCGUCGGGCGCUACACGUACACCUCCGAUCAACGAUUUCGGGCGAUACAUCAUCCCCACACAGAAGACUGGAGCCUGCAGAUCAAGUAUCCGCAGCACCGAGACUCUGGCAUCUACGAGUGCCAGAUCUCGACCACGCCACAUAUGAGCCAUUUCGUGCAUCUGAACGUAAUAGAACCAUCGACGGAAAUUAUAGGAGCACCGGAUCUGUACAUCGAAAGCGGAUCGACGAUAAAUCUGACGUGCGUUGUGAAAGACUCCCCCGAGCCACCGGCCUACAUUUUCUGGAAUCAUAACAACGUGAUUAUCAGCUACGAUUCUCCCCGUGGAGGCGUAUCCGUAAUCACGGAAAAAGGCGACACAACCACGUCGUUCCUGCUGAUUCAGAGCGCCCGGCCCUCUGACUCCGGACAGUACACCUGCAAUCCGUCCAACGCCAAAAGCAAAAGUGUCACCGUACAUGUGCUGAAUGGUGUUUCCCAUUCUGUUUCUAGGGGAGUUCCCAGCAGCAAUGCAGCGCGCGGGCCAACCGCAUCAUCGCACGCCCCAGCAUCAUCAGCUCUUGGUGUUUCUGUCUGUUUUUGUAUCGUCGCUGUUGUGCUACAGGCUGGCCAUAGGGCCCGGAAUGCUUGCCCCGACGUAGCCAGUUUACUAGACGCCUACGCAUCCCUAGUCACUAGACUGUUUCUGUUGCUAACGCACACAAUCUGUAGAACGCUGAUCAAUCAAAUUACGAAAUUAAAUCAUCGCCUAAGGUGCAUCAUCGGUAGCAGCAUACGACCGCCACUGGCCCUAGGGUCAAGGCUGGCGGUGUCUUCACGACAGUUGACGCUUCUUUUUCUCCGACUAAUGCAGCAAAUCACUUCUUCCCUGUCACAACGAUGGCAGCACAGCCACUGUCGGAGGAUAUCGAGCCUAGGGUUGUUGGUCGAGUCCGUCCUUCCGCGGCGGACGCUAGAGACGAUUUCUCGAAUAUUCCGGGUGGUGCUACUUAAUCAUAACGGACACGAGUUCGAGUUUGCGUUAAAUCACUUGUGGAAUCAAAGAUUCGCAGUUAGAUGAGAAAAUUUUAAUCUGUAGGUUAAUCAAUCAUGUAUGGUUAUUGUAAAUUCAGCAUUAACAAAAAAAUAUAAAACCUAUAAAUAAAACAAAUAAAUGAAAUAUAGGCUAAAGUGAUCUGUUAUUCAUAAGCUUUAGGUAUCUAUGACUAGAAUCAAUGAAUGAGUUAAAGAAAAAAAAAAUCAAAUUCAUUUUCCAAAGGAAAGCAGCUAAAGUGAACGGUGGGUAGGUUAAUUCUGAAAGAACGAAUACUGAUCUAAUUUUUAAAAACACGUUGAAUCGUUAUGGUAAAGAGUAUUGGUGAUUGAGUGAUAUUUUCAUAUUAAGAUUAUUACGAAGAAAACCCAAACCCGAGGAAAUAUAAUGAACUAUGAGAAAAUACCAUAAAACAAUAUAUGAUAAAUGAAUGUACAAAAUUAUGGACAGUAUAUAAAAGGAAAUAAACCUAAAACGUAAACA